UAUUUGCGGACGAACAGCUUCGAAUGGAACGACAGAGCGGGCAUUUCAAGUAGAUCAAGGUGACAUGCAGACGGGAGCAAUCUAGUAAAAUUUACUAAACUUCCAAUAAGAAGCUGACAAUCCCGUCGAUCAGGCAACGCGAUGGCACCUGCUGCAAAGAUCUCAUCUUUCGAGCCCGGCUUUUGUUCGUUACUUUGAUUUGUAUUGCCUAAACCGGACAAUGGCAGUUGAUUCUCGAUGUCCGAUAGGUACAAACGCCUUAAUCAUCCAUGCUCCCUUUCUAGUUGCUGACCAUUCCCAUUCGCAUAGGUAUAUAACCCAAAAGUUCGUAUCUCUCCAAGCUUUGGCGGUAGUGAACAUCGACAUCACGAUCCUUGGCGGUGGCGACUACAGGCAACCCGGUAACAUCGGUAGCAUCGCUGCAUCACAAGCAGCCAUCGUAGUCUUUUCGACCGUCUUGGCUUCUGCUUGCCAGGUCUGCUUACUUGGCGCUUAUCAUUCUAACUUCGGCUGUCGUUUCUAUUGGAGUCUGCUGAAAGCUUGACACUGUGAUUAAUACCGGUAUCGUGGCAGUUGCAUACACGCCGGGCCUCGGGCAAGUCUAGAUUGAUUAGCCAAGAGCACGUCCUAGGUAAGUAACA